AUGUUCACGGCUACCAUAGUCAACGAAAGACGUUUAAUAAUCUAUAUUCUGAAGUCCUCUUCCCACACAUGCGCAGUCAUAUUGAAGUUUGUACGUCGGAAUUUGGGCAGCCAUAUCGAAAUGAGUGAAAAGAAAAUGACUCUUCGUCGAAAGCAGGAUAAAAUCGGUCGUUGGUACUUUGGCGGACUGGCCUCUGCUGGGGCUGCAUGUUGCACGCAUCCGCUGGAUUUGCUGAAGGUACAUUUGCAAACCCAACAAGCGGGAAAAAUGGGUCUUGGCCAAAUGGCAGUUAAACUGUACAAAAGCGACGGUGUACUGGCGUUCUACAAUGGAAUAUCCGCUUCAUUGUUGCGACAGCUCACUUACUCUACUACUCGUUUCGGACUCUACGAAACGUUAAAGAAGCAGUUCCCUCAAGACCAGCCGUUGCCAUUUUAUCAGAAAGCAUUCCUUGCUGGAUUUUCCGGAGCAUGUGGUGGCUUUGUUGGCACGCCAGGAGAUUUGGUCAACGUUAGGAUGCAGAAUGAUAUGAAGCUUCCUCCCGCUCAAAGGCGAAAUUACAAGCAUGCUUUGGAUGGAAUCUUCCGUAUUCUGAGGGAGGAAGGACUAGUACGGCUGUUUGGAGGUGCUUCAAUGGCGACAUCUAGGGCAGUACUUAUGACCAUUGGGCAAUUGUCUUUCUAUGAUCAAAUCAAACAAAUGAUGAUCGAAUAUGGAAUUGGAAAAGACAACUUAUACACUCAUUUCUCAAGCAGUUUCUGCGCGGCUAGUAUCGCUACAGUGUUGACUCAGCCACUGGAUGUGAUGAAAACGCGUUUGAUGAACGCGCCACCGGGACAAUUUAAGGGUAUUGUCGACUGCUUCUUCUACACCGCAAAACUUGGGCCAGCUGGAUUUUUCAAGGGAUUUAUUCCUGCUUGGGUCCGUCUAGCUCCUCACACUGUGCUCACAUUUAUCUUCUUCGAACAACUCCGCUUUAACUUCGAUUUACGUUUCCUCAAAUCGUCUGAUAUGUGA